AUGAAGAUUAUACAACUCUUACAUAUCUUAUGUGUUAUCACAUCCAUCAAUGCUCUCGAAUACAUCAUACGCUAUGAGAAGAAGUCGCGCUGCUUAAAUCCUCCGCGCACCGCGAGACGUGUGGAGUCUGUGAUAAGGGAUUGCCAGGAGGAGGUCAAGAACAAGCUGGUCACGGAAGCCUACGAGAUACUCAAGGAGCAGGUGUCGCAGAAGGAAACACACAGCGAUAGCAUUGAGCAUAUAGAAUCCCUCGACUGGCCGCCCGUUCCCGAUGAAACUGUGGAGUUGGAGCAACCACCCACAGGUGGCGCAUCAUCCAGUGCCAAUGCCAGUCGCUAUGAGUACAUACUGUUUGAUGAGCCGGAGCCGCGUCGCCGUGUGGCACGUUUAGUGCGCAGCAUUAAACGCCUGGAUGUGGCAAGUGUAGGCCUCUAUCAUCCGACGCUGGUGCCGCUGGAGGAUAAGCGCAUAGCGGGGUGUCUGCUGCACUGCGUCUAUGCCAGAAACAACGCCAUUGACAAGAACGGUUGGCCAACACUCGAUGGCUUGGUGGACUUUUACUCGGAGGGUGUACACGAGCACGGCUUCUUUAUGGCCACAUUACGUUCCGUGAAUCUCUGUCUGCGGGCCAUGACCAAUAAAUAUCAUGUGAAUCGUAAAGACUUGCCGCAGAAAGGCGAAAGCUGUGAUUUGGCAUUUGAUGUCUUCGACUGUAUAUCCGAUCAAAUAACAGGAUAUUGUCUCGAUCAAUAUAGCAAAUAUUAA